UCAUCUCUAGUACACACAAAGCCGAGCUGGGAAAAAUUAGAAGCGGAAACGGGUUUUACUUUUACUGGUAACUUAGGAGCUCAGCGCUCGCCAGCAUUCAGCAGUUUGGCCAGCAGUCUGUCGUCGCAGCCGCAUCGCAGUGAACCAAUCCCAGAACCAGAAUCCGUGCCAGCGCAUCGCUCAAUCCACCGAAAAGCCAGACAGAGCAUUUGCGGGGGCGUCACCGUCGUGGGAAUCAGCAAUAUAAACAAACGGCAGCGGGAUGUCGAUGAGCAAUCUAUCAAUAGACGGCGAGUUCCGUUACAUUAUCCAGUGGUUCAACGAGUGGAGCGAGCUGCAGCGGGAUGACUUUGUGUACGUUUUUGUUGAGUACCUGGCCCGGGGCUCCACCUCCUGCUCCAACGAUGCCCAAGUCAAUGGGCUGGUUAACUCGCUGGCCAAUGCAGCCGUACAGGACAAACCCAUGAGCCUAUUCCAGUGCCGCAUUAAGCUGUUCCGUGAAUGGAGCCCCAAGUGGCCGAUCGAGUUCAAAUGCAAGCUGCAGGAGAAGAUCAGCGAAAUCGACGCUAAGGUGGGGGAGAAGAUCAUCAAUGAGUUGCGAGGGUCCCAUUCCGUGCACAAUGGCGACGUAGCCGUGCAUUUAAAUGCAAAUGGGGCGAGCGACGAGGGCGGGGAUUCUGAACUGGAGCAGCCUGCGGUGGCAGAAGUGGCAGAGGUCGCAGCUCCAGUGGCAGGGGAAGAGACUGAGCCAGCUCCCGAGGCAGAUGACAAUCGUUUGGCGGCGGUCUUGAGCCAAGAGACGCCCGUUGAUGACGACGACGUGGAAGAGUCUGCCAGGGAAGAUAGCAAUAGCAACGCCGAUGUAAAUGGCCAUUAUCCAGCGGCUGCAGUGACAACGAUCGCGGUGAAUACAUCUCCAUCGCCAUCCCCCACUCCGCAGCCGAUCAUCGAACCUGUAGAACAGGUCGAGAAUAGCGUUUCAGUUACAGUUGCCUCUGCAGAGGUACCCCCGGUGGCUUAGACUCUGCACGAUCGUUAAAGACAAACCCGAUCGACUAUAAAAAGGCGUAAUGAGUAGUAAAGUAUUUUAGUUGUACACCAUCGGCAACUCGACAUUCCAAGCGAUGCAUUUCUAGUUAUGUAAGCCCAUCUCCCAGACUUUUGCACUCUGUAGCCCUUAGCCCGUUCACCUAUCGACUAGCUUAAGAGCAUAAAUUGUAAAGUAAGCCCCAUUAAUACACGAAAGAGAGUUUCACAUUCUAA